AUGUUAAAUCUCUCAAAAUAUAAAAUAGAACAUCAAAAGGAGUACCAGGCACGCCAGGUCGCCGGCGGACUACUUAGUCUACCCGCUUGGAUCAAGACUUUUCCAGAGCUCAACACCCUUACUGUCAUAGGCAAUGAGAAAACCAACAACUCCCGGUUACAGGGAACUGUCGUUGCUCUCUAUACCCUUGGAUGCUUUUUUGGCGCCUUGUCCUGUAUCAGAAUAGGUGAUACUCUGGGCCGCAAACGAACAAUCAUGCUUGGAGCAGCAAUCAACAUAACUGGCGCUGUCCUUCAAUCUUCCUCUUAUUUCCUGGGACAAUUAAUCGUUGGACGUCUUGUUUCCGGCUUAGGUUUUGGUGCUUUGACAGCAACUGCUCCGAAUUGGCAAUCAGAAUGUUCUAAAGCACAUCACCGUGGCUCGCUGGUGCUUCUUGAAGGGUUGUUUAUAAGUGCAGGCCUAGCAACGGCUGCUUGGGUAAACUUUGGAAUGUCCCAUUUGUCCGGAGGAGUCACUUGGAGAUUUCCGCUAGCUCUCUCCAUGGUAUGGUCCAUUGUCGUACUAAUUACCAAGCCACGUAUGCCAGAGUCUCCUCGUUGGCUGGUCAAGAAAGGGCGAACAGACGAAGCACGGGAAGUUGUGUCAGCAUUAGACGAUAAGCCAAUAGACUCAGCUCAAGUACAGGCCGAUAUAGCAGAGAUUGAAGAAGGCCUUGCGAUCACCGGGAAAGGCUCUUUUCGUGAUAUUUCUUGCAUGGGCGAUGAACGCCUUUUCCACAGAGCUUGUCUUGCAGUAUGUGGACAAAUGUUCCAGCAAGUGAGUGGUAUAAACGCCCUCGCUUUCUAUCAAGCUACCAUUUUUGAGACUGGCCUCGGGUUAUCAGCACAGACGUCUCGUGUUCUGAGUGCUCCCGUCUUCACUUGGCAGACGUUUUGUUCCCCAAUAGGAGUUCUGACAGUUGAUCGAUUCGGAAGGAGAAAGUUGAUGAUGUUUGCCGCAUUUGGAAUGGGAUCCUGCAUGGCGAUUAUUGCCGGAACAUCUUCCCAGAUUACCAACACAUCAUGUGUCAUCGUCGCUGCAGUAUCCAUUUUUAUGUUCUCGUUGUUUUUCCCUACCGGAUUCCUAGGACUGACUUUCCUCUAUGCUUCGGAGGUUGCACCGCUGAGCGUUCGAGUUCCUAUCACUGCCAUGUCAACAGGAAGUUCAUGA